AUGGACACUUACAAGAUGACUGAAGAAGAGGAAGGGCUACUUAGAGUGAAUCAAAUAAACGGGGGAAUAGUUCUUCCUAUAGUCAUUAAAACCGCUAUCGAACUCGAUCUCUUUGAGAUCAUGGCAAAGACUCCUGUUGGCAACUUCUCUUCUUUGGAUCUUGCUUCCAGUCUUCCUAGACAAACCCAGGAGACCCCAGUGUUAAUUGAACGGAUUCUUCGGUUUCUAGCCGGCCACUCGGUUGUCACAUCAACCGUAGUAAAGGAUGAACAUAGAGAUUCUAGGAACUUAUAUGGCAUGACAGCAGUGUCCAAAAACUAUGUCCAAAGGCAAGACAGGACGUCGCAUGCUUCAUCACUUCUCUUUAUCAACGAUAAACUACUUGUUAAUUGUUGGUUAGUUAUCUAUAUUCACUUCUUUUAUAUAUAA